GCAGGGCAUCUAAAAAUUCUUCCACACUCCUCUUGAGUUACAGAACAUGACAUCAAAGAAAGGCAUUGCAUGGUAAACUUGAUUCCCUAUAGCAUGUCGAUGAUUGCACAUCUCUAAUGGAGGCUACAAAUUCACCACAUGGUUAUGUUUCAUUAGAACACCCGAUCAAAAUUCAAGCUUCUAGUUGCUGAAUGAAUAAUUUGGAGGGACUAUAGUGGAAACUGGAAAGUAGAAACUGAAAAAAAAAUGCGACCAACAGGAAGGGAUCGAAGGAUUGUCCGCAGAAUGGCAAACUUUCCUCGAAGCAUAAUGGAGGGUAUUUCAAGGGCAGUGGAGGAUGGUAUAGGCUUUAUAGGAAGAGGAAGAGGAAGAAGAAGAAAUCAACAUGCUAAUUUUCCUCUGCAGCCUCAAGAACAUGUUCCACAAUCACUUGAUCAUGUAGUGGUUCAAGAGGAAUGGAGUUUUCUUGAGAGUUUUGAGCAGCAAUAUGGCACUAAACACCCUUUCUUUUAUGCUUGCCGUCUCGGGGAAGCCUUGAAAUUAGCAGAACAAGAUCACAAGUUCUUGUUCAUGUUCCUCCACUCACCUGACCACCCUUUUGCAAACGUUUUCUGCAAGGAAACACUGUGUUCGGAGCCAGUGAUUCAGUUUCUUGAUGUGAAUUUUGUUUGCUGGGGAGGACUUGCAUAUAGAGGAGAGGGCUUGCAAAUGGUUGCAACGCUUAGCCCUGACACUUUUCCCUGUUGUGCUGUCAUAGCCCCCACUCCGGGCGAGAGUAUAGCAGUUCUGCAACAGCUAGAAGGACCCCUUUCACCGGCUGAGCUAGUGGGGAUUCUACAAAGAACAUUGGAAGAACAAGGGGUAGCUUUCGGAAGUGCUAAAGCUAAGCAGGAAGAAAAGAUUCGAGCAGACCGUAGGCUUAGAGAAGAACAGGAUGCUGCAUAUCUUGCAGCUUUGCAAAUUGACAAGGAAAAAGACAAACUCAAUAAUUUACCUUCUAGAGAGGGAGUUCAGAAGCAAGUGGAAGCUCACAGCACCAAAAAUUAUGGGAAACUGAUGAACAAUUCUAUGAAUGUCACUAAACAGAACAGCAGAGUGAAUGAGUCCACUAAGGGAGUUGCAAGUAAAGGAAUCGAGUCUCAACCCACGCAGAUUCUGAUAAGGUUUCCAAACGGGGAAAGAAGAGAGCAUACUUUCCUUUGCACAGACAAAAUCCAAUCCAUUUUCUCAUACAUUGAUUCCUUAGGAUUGCCAGGGAUUGGAAACUACAGAUUGAUAUCAAACUUCCCAAGAAGAGCUUAUGGUGUUGACCAAAUGAGAAUGACUCUCAAAGAGGCUGCCAUGUAUCCUAAGGCUAGUGUGUUCGUGGAGCCUUUAGGCGUUAGAGUCCCAUAACCCCAUUUAAGAUGCACAUGUAUGCUAUUUACCACCAUAAAUUUCAAUUUGAAUUAAUCAAAAUGAGACGACCUCACUUCAGCUCGUAAAUUGAUUGAGAUUUGAGUGCAUCUCCAACACAAAUUCUGGACUUCGAUUAGAUGAUCAUUUCGAGACCAUUUUAACUUGUUUUUGUUCACACGAAACGCAUAAUUUUGAUGAGUCUACAUUUUGGUUUGUAUUUAAGCAUAAAUUUUACUGCUCGGAUAAGAAAAAAACAUGCAUUUUUUCAUGAUUUAUGUUUAUAGUAAUAAUAUUUUUAUUUUGUUUUUUG